CCCAAAGCCUGACUUUUAGUGUUUGGCGAGCAGACCUGCUAGCUACUGGAGACCCGAUACCCUGGUAGAAGUGUGGAGUUUUGUGCACAUACACCGCCUGCCUGAUAUUGUGUGUGUUUGAGAUUUAAAGCUCUGGUUGUAGCCCUGAAGUGUAUUGUGUGAUUGGUGACCAGUAGUAGCAGUUUCAGGGGGUGCUGGAGCCUUUCUCAGCUGCAUUCGGGUGGUAGGCGGGGUACACCCUGGACAAGUCGCCACCUCAUCGCAGUCAUUCACACUUUUACUACCCCUAUAGCUUCCAGUUACCCGCCUAACCGUAACGGGGGCGAGGAGGCAUGGUGAUACGCGGAUUGUUCUUCCGAGAUGAUGCAGCAGGAACUCUGGAGACAGGGUGCAGGUGACCAUGGACGAUUCGGAAAAUUAUAUCGAGGAGGAUGAAAGGCUGCAUGACGAAGUAUCACUCAAUCAGCUUCAGUUGCCCCCUCUGUUUUCGGGAGAGGAGUGCAGCCUAGUAGAGGAGGAAGUCAUCAUCAAAUACGAGACGCAAGCUCAGCUGCUUAAACAGGAACGGAUACAGGCCAUGGGGUUGUGGCAGACGGCAGCUCUGGAGCUUGACCAUCUCCAGAAGUGCUACCAGAACGAGCUCAUGCUGUCACACAAACACCAACUGGCCAAUCAGGAACUACAUUCGACCAAUUGUAAUUUAUUGAAGACCGUGAGUCAGCAAAGUACAGAAAUGGAGGAGCUACAUGAUCAACUCAGUCGUCGGGGGGAUAACUGCGAUGAAGAAGCAGCCAGUCUGCGCCAGUUCCCACGGUUCUUAGUGGCCGUCAAUAGCUCCGGGGUCGACAGAACAACCAAGGAUGAUCUGAGAACUGCCAAAGCCAAAGUGGAUGAAAUGACACAACAGCUUCUGUUUGUUCAACAGCAGAUAAAGAAACAGUGCGACUUUGAUGGGUGCGUUUUGGACCUGUCGGGGGCACCCCUGGACUCGUGUGUAACGCAGCGGGACUUGUGGGAUUGGAACACUGAGAGGUGCAUAAUUUCUCACGCAAAGACUCACUGGAGGAAUCUACGCGCGUUUCCAAAAAACUCUACUUUUGCGAGGAACGACCGGGAGGGAGAUGUAAUCGAGGCUCAGAGUCGAGAGGAAGCUGCAAGAAGGCAAAUCCAACAGCUUCAGGCUGCCAUCAGCAAACAAGAGCCCAGGGUAAACGCUGCAUCUCAGGAGGCAGAAAAUGCACAAAAAGAGCAAACCAUGUGGGAGAAAACAUCAGCCACCCUUCAGAAACGGUGUGCUACUUUAGAAGAAGAGAAGUAUGAGGCUGUGGACAAAGUCAGAGAGUGUGUGCAGAUGGCUGAGGAGGCAACACUGCAAAGAGACGAGGCUCACUUAAGAGCAAAACAGUUGGUGGAGGAGCUUGAGAAGACAAGGAGGACUUUCCAACAAGUGAUCCAAGAUGCUGCUCUCUGCUCUCAGAAAGAGGUGACUCAAAUACGUGAGCUGUGCAACACUGAAAUGCAAAGAAUGGCUGAGGAGUUGUCUAUGUUGCAACUGGAAUCUGCCGAAAAGCAGUCUCAGAUAGAAAGGUUCAAGCGAGAAAGAAGAGCUUUAGAAGAGGAACUGCAAAAGGUGAUCAAAGGCAGGGAAGAGCAAGAGUUAGGACAACUCAAUGCUCUUCAUCAGAGGUUUUUAAAUGCAGAGAGGAUGAAGGAAGAAAUGAACAUCACUUUGCAAGGCACCCAAAGCAAACUCAAAAAGAUAGAAACUGAAUACAAUGAGGAAUUGUCCCGCAGCCAGGAGGAACUGCAGCGGCUGCAAGGUUGUUUGGCUGCAGCCCAAAAGGACUGUGUCAAAAUCAGCGAGGAACGCCUCCAGUUACAGCAGGAGAACUUGCAGGCCCGCAGGGAGAUGGACGAGCUGCAGAAAACUCAUGUGCUGAUCCAAACAAAGACCAAACAACAGAUGACACAGAUGGAUCAGGAUUACAGCACUAAGGAGAAGUCUCUUGAAGCACAGAUGAGCGACUUGGAAAACUGCAGUCAUGAAUCAAUUGCUGAUCUAAUACACCUUCUCACAGCACAGCAGAAAAGUAUUCAGUGCUGGAAAGUGGAGGCACUACACAUGGUGCAGGCCUUUGAAACUAAGAUUAAACAUCUUAUGGAGCAGCUGAACCUACAGCAUCAAUGUUCACAUGAACUGAAGAUACAGCUGAAAAACAACAACAUUACUAUUGCUGAGUAUGAGACACAGCUAGCAGAAUUUCAAGAGAAGGCCAGUCGCCUUCAGAGGAGACUGACCAAGGUUGAGCAACGUGCUUCUAUAUCUUCACAGCAGCUUUCCAUUUUGGCAUCUCAGAAGGAGAAAAAAAGUCUUGACAACGCUAAAAAGUAAUCAAUCAUUCGUUCAUAUAUUCCCUCAUGUUUAAAACGUUCGCAAUAAACAUCAUGAAAAUACAAACGCCAGUUGUUUACAUUGGAAAUAGCUGCUCUAUUUAUUGGCCUUUAAAAAUAUCACUGUCAUAUUAGAAAAAAUGU